UCCGCCUCUUGGAACAGUUUACAUGCUUCGGAAAACACAUCAAACUCAUUGCACAAGCGAGUGAUAUAAGCGACACGUUUGACUUUAAUUAGCGCGAUUAAGCGGGCUUAGUUAAUAACAGUUAUUUAUAUUUUAAAAAUAUGUGGAAAUGUCAGACUUUGAGGACACGUGAGUUACAACUCUCGCGAUGACGCACUUUUUCUCAAAGCUGUUUGUCGUCUUGAUUGCUACCUAAAGUUAGCCCGUUGGGUAAAUAUUACUGUUAGAUUAUGGAUCUGGUUGCUUUGUACUGCAUUAACGUUUUUACUAUUAUGAACGACCUGCGUGCGGCGUUUGCUGUCCUGCUGUGAACUCGGCGACGUCAGAAUGAUGGCCGUGCGCCUCUGAAAACGGUUACAAGCAGGAUUCACGUUAGCAACGGUGACAGCUACCUUAGCAACUGCACACCUCCUUCACUGUUAGUGCUAUCAGGGCAAACAAACGGUUGUAUUACCGUAUUAACGGGGAUACAACAGAACAAACAUCCGCAAUGAUGAGGCUGAAAACAUCGCUGCUAAAGGAACCAAAACAUAGUGAGCUUGUCAGUUGCGUUGGUUGGACCACAGCAGAUGAGCUGUACUCUUGCAGUGAGGAUCAUCAGAUCCUCAAAUGGAACCUGCUCACCAAUGAGACCAGCCUGGUGGUCCAACUGCCAGAGGACAUUUAUCCGGUUGAUCUACACUGGUUCCCCAAAACUGUUGGUGCCAAGAAGCAGACACAGGCUGAGAUUUCUGCCAUCACCAGCACAGAUGGAAAGUUCCACCUGGUCUCCAAGAUGGGACGCAUUGAGAAGAGUGUGGAGGGGCACAAAGGGGCUGUUUUGGCUGGAAGGUGGAACUAUGAUGGAACCGCUCUAAUCACAGCGGGAGAAGAUGGACAGAUCAAGAUCUGGUCAAAAAGUGGAAUGCUGCGCUCAACAUUAGUGAGCCUAGGGUCUCCUGUUUAUUCUGUUGCUUGGGGUCCAGACUCUGACAGAAUACUCUACACAUCAGGAAGGCAGCUAAUCAUCAAACCUCUGCAACCCAGCGCCAAAGUCAUUCAGUGGAAGGCUCAUGAUGGACUUGUUCUAAAGGUGGACUGGAAUUCAGUCAACGACCUCAUCCUAUCAGGUGGAGAGGAUUGUAAAUAUAAGGUUUGGGACAGCUUCGGUCGUCUGCUUUACUUGUCAUCCUCUCAGGACUACCCCAUCACCUCUUUGUCCUGGGCCCCAGAUGGAGAGGUGUUUUCUGUGGGCUCCUUCAACACCCUGUGGCUCUGUGACAAGACUGGCUGGUCCUAUGCGCUGGAGAAACCCAACACAGGCAGUGUGUUCAGCCUGGCCUGGUCUGCAGAUGGCACCCAGCUGGCUGGAGCCUGCGGAAACGGACAUGUCAUCUUUGCCCAUGUGGUGGAGCAGCACUGGGAGUGGAAGAACUUUGUCAUCACUCUUACCAAAAGAAGAACCAUGCAGGUGAGGAAUGUACUGAACGAUGCAGUAGAUGUGUUGGAGUUUAGAGAUCGUGUCAUCAAAGCCUCUUUGGCCUUCGACCACCUGGUGGUUGCCACUUCCCUCCAGUGCUACGUCUACAACUCCAGGAACUGGAAUACUCCCCUCAUCUUUGAUCUAAAGGAGGGAACGGUCAGCCUCAUCCUGCAGGCAGAGAAACAUUUUUUACUAGUGGAUGGAUCAGGAUUGUAUACCUUCUCUUAUGAGGGUCGGUUAAUAUCAUCCCCGAAGUUUCCGGGUAUGAGAGCUGACAUUCUAAGUGCUCAGGCUGCCUCACUUAGCAACGACACAAUCGCCAUCAGAGACAAGAGUGAUGAAAAAGUAAUCUUUUUCUUUGAUGCUAUGACUGGAAGACCUCUUGGUGAUGGGAAACCCUUGACUCAUAAGCUAGAGGUGUUAGAGAUAGCUUUGGACCAGUGUGGCCCAUCCACAGAAAGGAAAAUGGCACUGAUUGACAAGAACCGUGACCUGUACUUGACCUCAGUGUGUCAUUUGGGGAGGGAUCCCAAAAUCUGCAAAAUUGGCAGCAUGGUGCACAGCAUGGCAUGGAACGAUGCUGCUAACAUCUUAUGUGGAAUCCAAGAUGAUCAGUUUACAGUGUGGUACUAUCCAAGUGUUGUCUUCACUGAUAAGGAACUGCUUCCAAAAACUAUUUUCAGAAAGGAUGGCAGCGAGUUUAGCUGUGCACCGCACAUCCUGAGCUAUGUUGGUGCCAAGGUUACCCUGCGCCAAGGAGAUGGUUCGUUGGUGUACACCACUGUCCCGAUUUAUCCUGCUCUCCUCCAUGAGUACAGCGCCUCGGCACGCUGGGAGGAUGCACUCCGUCUCUGCCGCUUUGCCAAAGACCAGCCUUUGUGGGCAUGCCUUGCUGGUAUGGCAAUGGCAAAUAGAGACUUGAACACAGCAGAAAUGGCCUAUGCUGCCAUUAGAGAGUUACCAAGAGUCCAGUACAUCAACUUCAUUAAAGAGCAGCCAUCUAAGGACUCAUCACUGGCCCACAUGCUGAUGUUCAGUGGUCAUGUCCAAGAAGCUGAAACAACUCUCCUUCAAGUUGGUCUUAUCUACCAAGCCAUACAAGUGAACAUUGACCUUUUCAACUGGAACAGGGCUCUGGAGCUGGCAGUCAAACACAAGACCCAUGUGGAUACUGUGCUGGCCUAUAGGGAGAAGUUCCUGCAGAGAUUUGGCAGGAAGGAGACCAACAAGAGAUUCCUGCAGUACUCUGAAGGGGUCGAAGUGGACUGGGAAAAAAUCCAGGCAAAGAUUGAAAUGGAGUUGUCCAAGGAGCGAGAGAAAGCUGCAAGUACCGCAGUAAGGAGCAGCGUGGCGUCGCGUCAUUAAUGUUCAAGACUUUUAGGUUUUGUUUUUUUUUUUUGCUCCACCUCAGAGUGACACAAAAUCUUUACCUGAGGUACAGCUUCCAUCUGAGAACACAUGCAAUGGACAGCAUGAUGCUGAUGCUGACUCUGGCGCCACACCUGUCUGUCAUGUAACAUGUUAUAUACAUGUUACAUGACAGACUAUAAACAACAAACAUGGCCACUUCCUUCUUUGCCAUUUUCUUACAUGCUGUGCACCUCUGGAUUUUUGUAUGUGGAGACAUUAUUUGGAUCUGCUUCAUGAGGGACAUUGAAUGUUCAUACCAGGCUUUGUCUGCAUUGUAACAAGCCACAAGACUAUUAGUGAAUAGAGCACAAAGUUGUCUGGUUCACAUCAAGCCAAUAGGUCUGCAUCCUGAAGAUAUUUGCAGUUUCACCUACGGCAACCUUCUUAAUUUCUUGCCACCGUGGGUAAAGAUGUGCUGUGAAAUAGUAAUAGUAUGACCUUAAACUGACAAGUGUGUUGCUACUAAUACUUUUUGCCAUCCCCCUUUUGCCAAGAGGACAACACUUUCUUCUAUACACAAUCUCUUUAAAUCAUUCAGAGACCUGGGUCCCCUCUUAUGCUCUCCCCUCUUCAACUUAUCCCACAGGCAUAGUUUUAUUUUAUUUAAAAUCCAAUAUUUCAAAGAGUUUAUGAUGACAUUGGCACCAAAAAGGUUACAGUAUCCUUCUGGGGAAACAAAGGACCAAAGCAUCAUAGAUCCCCCACCGUGUUUAGCAGUGUGCUACCCCACAUAUUAACCCUGGAGCGAUUGCAGCCAACAAGCUGAAGCAUAGUCUUAUCAGACCAAUUUACAGGGCUCAAGAAAAGUCCCAGCAGAGUUGAAUGAAUUCCCCAUGUUUAUGUUUGUGUUGUUAGGACAUAAAAGACUGUUUCCUGAUAUUUCUUUUGUACAACCAGUUGGCAUGUAAAUAGUGUCUAAUGGUUGUCAUUAUAACUUGGUGACCUCAAGGUGUCACUGCUUGCUGCAGUUCUUUAACAGCCAUUGAGCGGUUUUACACCAAACCUUAAACAUAGAUUCUCAUUCAACCUAGUUUGUCAAUGUUGAAGUCGCUUUAAAGUCUUGAAUUAUGGCUCUGUCUAUAGAUACAGGCAGGUUCAGGCAAGUAUCUAUGUUCUUUUAGCAAUUUCCUGACUUAUAAUGGUUGAUACACACCUCCCUUACUGGAAUAGCAAGUUCUCUUCUCUUUCCUGUUUUGAAGAGUGGCCAUAAGAAAUGGACCUGUGUUUCACAUCAUAUUUUUAUAUCCCACGAAGACAGUAAGUCUUGGAUUAAUUAUGAGUACUUAACUUUAAAGGUUAAAAAAGGCUUCAAUAACAUUUAUACUACAGGAAUCAUUAUGGAUGCCAAUAAGCUGAAUGUGUUAACAAUGAUCCUUUAUCCUCAGAUUUUCCCCCCAAAUAAAAGGAUGGAUUUCACUCAAAUAAAAGGAUGGAUUUCUCUGAAAUGUAAACUGUAGGACUAUGCCUUUGUGGUAAAAGAUGAAUUUGUUACCAGGAGUACCAAUAAUCAUAGAUGUCAUUGUACUUCUGACAUAUUUUUACCAUUGAUGGGCUUUCAUCACUACUGGUAUGUGUCCAAUUUGUUUUCAGGGCUGACUGGAACAAGUUACCAUUGCACAGAUACUCUUCAUGUUUAAAUUGGCAGCGACAGACAGUAGACAGACCUGACACAACUAACAUUGUCCAGAGUUCAUGAAGAAAAAUGGCUUAGUGAUGGAUGUCAGAUUUAAUCUUUACUCAUUUGUUCAUUUAAGCUGAUAUGUUUAGACAUGCACAGAUGAAUACUUUCAUGUUCUAAACUGUUAUUGUAUGUUAAACAUAAAUAUUUUUUUUACCAAUUAUACAUUAAAGGUUUUUUGGAAACACUACAUGGGAUAUAAUUUAAUAAAGUUAAUGGAAAAAUGUUGA